UUCUGUGUAAUCGCUUUGAAAGAGAUACGAGUGGGGCAUAUUGGGGAAGGAGGGGCCGAGCUGGGCCGAGACGUUGAAGAGAGGACGGAGAGACACGGCCCCUGACAGCCCGUUGCAGCCCGUUGCUCGCCUCGCCUAAAGGCUAGUAUAAAGGACGUCGACUAAGCAUUACUCUCAUCAGAGCUGGUCUCUCUUGAAGUCCUUACCCAACUUUCUCUGAUUCAUUCGACAAUGCUUCCUUCCCUCAAUAGCUUUUCCUUCUUGCUGUGGCUCAGCCUAACUGCGAUUGGUGUCUUUGCAGGCCCUACUAGAAAAGGGGGGAGUUCUAAAUUCAAUGCAAGCGGCUUUGACAGUAGCAAAUUGUUGGGUUAUGCAUACUACUCCUCAAAGAUGGGUAUGGUGGGAAAUAAACCUCAAAUUGACAUUUUCCCUUCUUACGGAACGGUGCCGCAAUACGCGGAAAAUUGCCAGAAGUGUCUAGUCUUUGAUGAUAAUGGAUGGGUUAAAAAGAAAACUCUCGUCGACGAUGAGACUUAUGAGACGCAGCAUACAAGGGUACUGAUUAUUCUGAAUGCCUUGUGGCAUGAAGCAUCUCUGAGGAUAGAAUGUCCUCAACGGGGCGAGCCAGGUUCGCUAUACACAGGAUAUGACUAUGAUGAGCCUGUUGAUUGGAAAAGGCUGGGUAUCCUGUAGAGUUAGCCAGAAUGUAGAGUCGGCUGGACAGUAAAUUAAUACUUCUCGAACCUUAGCGCACUUGUUACAAGCUGCGCGUUCAUCCCAAAACAUGAUU